AGUGAAUCGGCAUCAAUACCACGGGGACAAUAAUAAGCACCCACCAACUCCCAUUCUUUAUUCUCAUUUCUCUCCACGCAACAAAUCCCAAUUUAGAAUUGACAGUGACAAUGGCGAAAUUCUCAAUCUUUAAUGAUGAAGAUGAAGAUGAUGAAGAAUUCAUCAUCCCUAGUCCAAAGAGAAGAAGAACUUACACCCCUCAAUCCACUUCAGCAUUGAAUCAUGAUCAUCAACAACAGUCAUCAUCAUCACAAGAUGAACAUAAUACGGAUUCUUCUGUGGGAUCUACCAAGUCAAGUGGGCCCGUUUCAAUAAUUUUAUCCGACCCAGAUGUCUUCGAUUGCCCCAUCUGUUUCUGUCCUUUGACUAUUCCUGUCUUUCAGUGUGACAAUGGCCAUAUAGCUUGCUCUACAUGCUGCAACAACCUUGUCGACAAAUGCCCCUCAUGCUGUGGCAAAAUCGGAAAUAAUCGAUGCCGGGCCAUUGAAAAGGUUAUAGAAUCAGUUCAAGUAUCAUGUUGUUAUUUAAGGUAUGGCUGCAAAGAAACGAUCAAUUAUUGUAGAAAACACGAGCAUGAGGAGAAGUGCUUGUAUGCACCAUGUUUGUGCCCUUUCCGCGACUGCCUCUUUCGAGGUUCGUCCAAGAGACUUACAAACCACAUGCGUAAAGAGCAUGCAGGCCGUGUAAUUCGCUUCCGUUACAACUCUAUCUUCUCUAUAUCUCCUCAGAUGGAUGAAAAAGUUCUUGUUCUUCAGGAAGAUAAAGAUGGAACCUUGUUCAUCCUGAGCCACGGAAGCAAAAUAGUCGUUAGAUGCUUUAAUCCAACCCUUUCAAAUGGAAGGUUUUCUUAUGAUCUUGUAUUAAGACGAGGUAGCACCUCGCUCAAAUUCCAGUCCUUCACACAUUGUACUGCAGAAAAGUACAGUGAUCCUCCUUCUGAGGAUUAUGUUCUGAUCCCGGCUUACUUCUACCUCAGUGGUGGCCGUGCCAAGUUGGAAAUUUGCAUAUGGAGCCCUGAAAAAUCUCGUGCUCAAAUCACUUGAGCUUUGAUGAUCAUUUCAAGCAACUGAGCUAAGUUGAAGCGCAGUUGCAAAAGUCGGAUAUUCUACGGUUAGUAUUGUGUUUCUUUGUGGUACUGCAUUCAAUUCGGCUCCAUCAAUACUUAAACGCAACUAGCAUGAAAUUAAGUUCACUUACUUUUGCAAGAACCUAAUCAACAAAUUUCUGAGUCGCCAAUGGAUUUACCAAUUAAAAAAUUGCGUAUGGAUAAGAACGCCCUUUUCGUUUGCUGUAUGAUAUGUGCUCAUCUGUCUAUUCACACAUGUUGUCUUGCAUCAUCAUUUUGCUAAUACUAGUUUUUCGAUCUUUUGCAUGCAUAAUCUUUUUAACUUUGAUGUGCUUUAAACUCGAUCCAGUCGUGCAUAAACUUGGCUCCAUAGACUAAUGUCUGUUGUACAUAAAUUUUAGGGAUGGGACAAGUGUAACAUAAUUCGCUUUUUGAAUUCACGAUUAGCUCAAAUUUUCCCAAGAAUAGUCCAAAACCGACCAUAAUUCGCUUUUUCCAUUUCGCAAUUCGCAAGUUAAUUAGCGAAUCAUGUGACACUGGACUUGGGACACUUAAAUUACAAUCAUUUUGCAUCCCCGCAAAAGUUUAUUGUAUUGUCUGAGGCACUUUUUCUUCAUCUUGUUUCUCUUGAAACUUCACAUUUAUACCGCCUUGUGCUUAGGAGAAUCGCCGCAAUAGCCGGUUACCUGAAAUUUCACUCAUAGUUGUAUGAUAAAAAAGAAGCGGAAACUUCUCUAUUUGCAUAGCUAUAGUAUGAAAUAUCCAUGGUGAUUUUGUUCUUUUUUUGGGUCUGGAGGAUAUUUGAUUUUCUGUCCGAGUCCCUAAUGUAGGCUACAUGCCCUGCUUUCAUGUAUCAUGUGCAUUGGAAACCCGUCAAACCACAUGUUUACUGUUUUUCUCAAAUGUUUUUUCACAAAAAGAAGUGAACGUAAUUUCAUGCUAGUUGCAAUAAGACUCGUUCGAUAGUUUGGUGUAAAGUUUACUGUGGUUGGAUCUGUUCGAGCCAUUUUCCUGUUAACUGGUGAAAUUUCUUACAUAUGUUGGGAAGAAGACAUUAUAUGUACUUUAAUGUUCUAGACUUGUAUCAAUGAAGAGGCAAUAUGAUUGUCUCAUGUGUUGUAAUAAAUAUGUAUUUAGGGAAUAAUGGCAAGUACACCAUGAACAGAUUUUUUUUAAUCCUUUUUGUAUAUAACUGAUGGACAAUUUCCCGGUAAAA